AUGGAAACCUUGGCUCAAGUAACCGGAGUAGAUGCGGUAGGCAUAGUGAACCUGAUCAUAUCAUCGGCCGGAAAGGCGGCAACACACCGUAGAAACUGCGAGCAGCUGGCGGAGCACGUGAAGAUGAUAGGGAACUUGUUGGAGAAGUUGAAAUCAACUGACCUUGUAAGGUUACCAGCCAUAAAAGAGCCACUGGAUUGCUUGGAGGAAGCGUUGAAGAAGGCGUUUGAUUUAGUGGAGAGCUGCAGAAAUAAGAGUUGCUUAUACAUGCUUGCCAUGGGGUGGAGCGUAGUGUAUCAGUUCCGUCAAGUUCAGGCGGAGAUUGAUCGUUAUCUUAAGCUCGUGCCCUUGAUUUCCCUUGUCCAUGAGUUCCGUAUGCAGCAUUUGAAGGAAGGUUUGGUAGCCAUUGAAGAGGAUCAAAGAGAGUACACGCUAGAUGAAGAGGAUGUUAAAGCACAAUGUGUGAUAUUAAAACCUGAUCGUUCAAAGAAAGAUGCAAAGAUAUUGGAGAAUUCACUGUCCAGAAAAUACCCUGAUUUGGGACUCCAGGAUGCUCUGCAAGAAGAAAAAGAGAAACUACAUAUCGAGCUGCAACGAUCGAGAACUAACAAUGAUACCAAGCAGUGCCGCUUGAUCGAACAUCUAAUUGAUGUUACAGAAAAUGUUGUUAAUGAUCUUCCUGGGAAGAAGGUUAAUAAGCUUCUUGUCCAUGAACCAAGUUAUACUCCAUCAGGGUAUGUAAUUAAUAAUGCUAACUCUGGCUGUGGAGACCUGGGAUUAAGGCCUGAAGAUGAAGGACAAUUAUCAGAGUGGCAAUCUGAUCUUUUUGAUUGUUGCAGAGAGCCCUGUUUAUGCUUGAAAACGUGCUUCUAUCCCUGUGGAACAUUUUCAAGGAUAGCUAAUGCGGUGUCUAAAGGAAAAAUAUCCCGGGAGGAAGCAAUUGACAGACUCACGGCGUAUUCCCUCUUCUGUGGAUGUUGCUGUUACACUUGCUGUAUAAGGAAAAAGCUGCGAGAAACUUACAAUAUUGAGGUUCUUCUUCUCCAUUGCAGAAAAGAGUUUAAACCCUUGAUAGAAACUACUUACUUUCAACAUUUUGGGUGUGUUGUGCAGGGAGGUGCAUGCGAUGAUUUCCUUACUCAUCUCAUGUGUUGCUGUUGUGCAAUGGUUCAAGAGUGGAGAGAGCUUCAACUCAGGGGCUUUGAAGGUGGGCACAGUCAUGGCCAAGGGAGAAACGUGAUUCCUCCACCAUGCCAAUAUAUGAAGCCAUGAUUCCUUCAAAUCAUGGCUUGCCUAUAAAUAAAUCACAUAUAUUAUACAGUUUGUAUACCGAUAUUAGCGUAUAAAUUGAUCAGACAUUAAUUUUUUGUUAUCGUCUUAGUUAUGCUUAUCUAUAAACAUUUAUUUAGUUAA